UGCUCUCUCCUUCCCUCCCUCCCUUCCUUCAAGUUGUCAUCUUUACGCCAAAGGGUAUAAAACCAGCCAUUCCCUUUCAGCCACGCCACCCGCUAAGUCUCCCGUCCGAGGCGUUGUGAAGCUUUGUGUUUAUACAAGAAGAGGAGGAAGAAGGAGAAGAGAGAGGCUGGCGAGAUUCGAAGGCUAUAUAUGGGUGGAAAGCGUGUGCGCUACGCGAUAAUCCUGCUAUGCCAUCUCUUCCUGCUUCCAGCUUCAGGUUCAGGGUCACUUGUGACAAGGAAGGAAGCAGUUGGAUACGCCAAUGAAGUAGCCCAGGUAAAGAAGUACCAACCCUCCUCACCUUCCGGCCAAAAGGACAUCACAAAUCCAGUCACAACUGUCCCCACCAUGAUUCCAGCCCCUUUCGCUUCCGCCGAUCCGGUGGUUAACCCGACAUCGAACCCCGAAUUGGCCCCACCGACCGUGAUGACCCCCACCCCGUUCACAGCCACGGUGACUUCGCCCCCAUCCUUGAGUUCCAGCUGGUGCAUUGCGAGCCAGAGCGUGUCGCAGACUGCUCUGCAAGUCGCUCUGGACUAUGCCUGUGGGUACGGCGGGGCCGACUGCUCGGCAAUUCAGACCGGCGGGAGCUGUUAUUACCCAAACACGGUGCACGAUCACGCGUCUUAUGCGUUCAAUAAGUAUUAUCAGAAGAAUCCUGUUCCCACAAGCUGCAGCUUUGGAGGAACAGCUGUUGUUACCAGCACUGACCCAAGUAGUUCUACAUGUCAAUAUCAAUCCACGAGCACAGCUUCAUCAAUCUUGAACACCACGAACUCUAGCGGGGCCACAGUUUUCGGUGCCGAGCCUUCAGGCCCUUCCACUUCAUCGGCUUCCCAAUUGAGUCACAUCGCGUCUCUUGUCAUGACACUGAGUUGGCUGAGUUUUGCUUCUGGAAUCCAUUAACCAAGCCACACAUAUGUACAGCAGUGAGCUUUAGUUGCAGUGACUCUGGAGUGACAAAAUGGAUAUAUUGCUGAUUUCUACAAGAUAUCUACGAUGAUCUUGCGGCAUGCCUGACAUUAUACUCCUUUCGACUUGUACUGUUUUUGCGACUACUGAAUCCCCUUAUCAGAACUUGGGAUUAUGUAGGGUGGGAUGAGAUGAUCCAAUUUGUUGUCAGCUGUAGAAGCUUCAGAUUGUUCAUGGUGUGAGGAAAGAAAAGCAUGUUUGUCGAUAUUGGAAAUGACUAUAAGACGGGAAUUUGGUAAGCACAAGUUAUUACUGGGGAGCGGAAUUACCAUUCAUGUAAUUCGCCUUGAUAUUUCUUCUGGGUCACAUGAUCAUGUAUUGAUUUUUGUCUGGUAGUUUUGUAGAACACUCGAUUGACCGA